AUGAGACAAGCCAAGCGCGGAGGCGAUUCUGGCAGCGGCGGCGGCGACUGGAACGACGGCGACGACCGCCAGGGUCUACUAGCCGGGGGCCACGACGACGGCAAGGAGACCACCUCACUGCCCAACGGCGGCAGCGAGCAGCAGCAGCAGCAGCAGCCAGCGCAGGUACGGACACCAGCACGGGUGCGCUUCAAUGAUGUGCCCGAGGUGGUGCGCAUGAGCAGCGCCUCGUCACGGCCGUCCGGCGACGACAGCCUCGACGGGGUCAACGACGACAACGAUGACCCGCGCAGCACGCUCGACCUCGAAGACCCCCUCCGCGCCUCGACCGACUCGGACCACCGGAUGCCGCUUCUCACGAGCAUGGAGGCGCCCUCGGUCGCGCUGGCCAACGAUCUGGACGCCGCCGACGCGGCGGCCCAGGAGCUGCGGCGGCCCAAGUCCGGGCUGCAAUCCGCCUUUAUGAACAUGGCCAACUCCAUCAUCGGCGCGGGCAUCAUCGGGCAGCCGUACGCGAUCCGGCAGGCGGGCCUGCUGGCGGGCGUGGUGCUGCUCGUCGGGCUCACGGCCGUCGUCGACUGGACCAUUUGCCUCAUCGUCAUCAACAGCAAGCUCAGCGGCACCAGCAGCUUCCAGGGGACCGUGCAGCACUGCUUCGGCCGCCCGGGGCUCAUCGCCAUCUCGCUCGCCCAGUGGGUCUUUGCGUUUGGCGGCAUGGUCGCCUUUGGCGUCAUCGUCGGCGACACCAUCCCGCACGUGCUGCUCGCCGUCUGGCCCGGCCUGUCCGACGUGCCCGUCGUCGGGCUGCUGGCGGAUCGACGCGUUGCCAUUGCCGUCUUUGUCAUGGGCAUCAGCUACCCGCUCACGCUGUACCGGGACAUUGCCAAGCUCGCCAAGGCGAGCACCUUUGCGCUGGUCGGCAUGCUGGUCAUUGUCGCGACGGUGCUGGUGCAGGGCCUGCUGGUGCCGGCUGAGGCACGUGGCGAGUUUAGUUUGCCGCUGCUGACGGUGAAUACGGGUAUUUUCCAGGCCAUUGGCGUUAUAUCGUUCGCCUUUGUCUGCCACCACAACUCUCUCCUCAUCUACGGCUCGCUGCGUACGCCCACGAUUGACAACUUUUCACGCGUCACACACUACUCGACCAGCAUAUCCAUGGUGGCGUGCCUCGUGCUCGCCCUCGGCGGCUUCCUCGUCUUUGGCGACAAGACGCUCGGCAACGUGCUCAACAAUUUCCCCUCGGACAACAUCAUGGUCAAUGUCGCGCGGCUCUGCUUUGGCCUGAACAUGCUGACCACUCUGCCGCUCGAGGCCUUUGUGUGCCGCGAGGUGAUGCAGACGUACUGGUGGCCCGACGCGCCGUUUAACCUGCGCCGGCACGUUGUGCUCAGCACGGGGCUCGUCGCCGCCGCCACGUUUCUGAGCUUGGUGACGUGCGACCUCGGCGCCGUCUUUGAGCUCGUUGGCGCCACAAGCGCCGUCGCCAUGGCGUACAUUCUCCCGCCCAUGUGCUACAUGAAGCUGACGACGCGGAGCUGGCGCACCUACCUCGCCGGCGCCAUUGUCGUCUUUGGCACGCUGGUCAUGGUCAUUUCCGUCGUUCAGGCGGUUGGGAAGCUGAUCAAUAAUACAGAUGGCCCGGCAAAAUGCCAAUAA